CGCUGAAGAUCAUGUCCAAGAUUCUAAAUGACAAGUACAUCACAGUACCCGGUGACACACGCAGACUCCCCGCUGAGGUGGCGAUUGUGGAACUCGUGUGCAAGCCGCCACGCUGUCCGUAUGUGAUCGAACUGCUAGAUUGGAUUGAGACGCCCGCAGGCAUCAUCAUCGUCUUGGAGAGGCCGGACCACUGCGUUGAUCUUUUCGAAUUCUGUAGGCCUGUGAACGUGACUGAAAAUAUGGCUAAAAUCAUCAUGCAGCAAGUCAUUCAGGCUGCACGUCACUGCCGUGCCCGGGGUGUGUUCCACCGUGACAUCAAGGAAGAAAAUAUUCUCAUCAACCCUCACAACCUUGAAGUCAAGCUCAUUGAUUUUGGCUGCGGUGAUCUACAUAAAGAUACUCCCUACACUGAAUAUGCAGGCACUCCGAUUUACUUCCCUCCUGAAUGGCUAACCGAAAGAAAGUAUUUUAAAAGUAAGUAAGUAAGUACCCGCUACUGUCUGGGGUCUGGGUGUUCUCCUGUACAGCAUGCUGUGUGGAACCAGGCCGUUUAACAGCCCACACCAGACUGUUUAUGGCCGCCAAUGUUUCCCAGAUCAUCUGUCUAUAUGUAAGAAAAUACACAUUUGUACACAAAGCUGCCAUUGCUAAAUAGCUGGAAUUGUUUUUUUAAGUUACUAACUGAGAGAAAUAAUGAACAUACAUUUCUAAAGGUUACCAUAUUUCAUUUUUAACCAAUUACAUUAUUUCAUACAGCUUCCUGCAGUCUGAUCAACUGGUGUCUACAA